AUGGCACUUCAAGCUCAAUUUUAUUCAGAAAAUUCCGGAUUGCCCAUACGUCUUCCGGAUUGGGCAGGGACUAGUCAGGUGCUGGGAAUGGAUGAUGGCCUUCUUCUCAGUCUUCCACACCCUUCAAAGCCUCAGUGCCAACAGCACCAGACCUACCAAAGCUCUGGUUUUGAUUGCAAUCAGGGGCCUCCGUUUUCCUUCGUAUGCAAUAGUUUUCCACCCACCUCCUUCUCUGACGCUUUAAAUGCGCAGCUGGAGUUACAGAGACAUGAGAUUGAUCGCAUGCUCCUAUCACAGAACGAGAGAUUAAGGCAGGCUCUGCAACAUCAAAGAAAGGAGCAGGUGGCAUUCCUAUUGAGUGCUCUUGAAUCCAAAUCGCUGAGUCUGGUCAGGCAGAAAGAGAAUGACUUGACACAGGCAAAAAGGAAAAGUACAGAGCUGGAGGAUUGCUUGAGAAAAGCAGAGAUGGAAAGCGAAGCGUGGCAGAGAGUAGCCAAGCAAAAGGAGGCCAUGAUAGUAAGCCUGACGAACACGUUGGAACAGGUAAGAGAGAGGAAGGUCUGGGACGGUAACAGGGCCGAAGACACAGAGUCUUGCUGCGGUCCCUGUGAGGAAAGUCAAAACAAAGAAGAGGAAGAAAAGGAGGAAAAACAGAGAAAGAGAAUGGCUUGUAAAAGCUGUAACUCUCGGAGCUCGUGUGUACUGUUCCUACCUUGCAGACACCUCUGCUCUUGUUAUUUCUGUGAAGCCUUGCUUGAUUUUUGUCCAGUGUGUAAUUCUGCCAAAGAAGGCUGCAUGGAAGUGCUUUUAGCCUAG